GAAUCAAGCUUUCAACUUCCAUUCUCUUCCUGUAACCAAAGCCACACUCAGUGGAUAUAAAAGUAUAAAACCACCAAUAAUCCGAACCCAACAAACACGAGUAAGCAAAUGGCUGUUGCUGCUUUAGCACCAGCUACUUCCCUCCGUUUCAGUCCCUACUCAACCAUCCGGUUCCUCUCCUCCUACUCCAAAUCAAAUCCUAGAAACCUCCCUACAACAAUCCCCAAAACCCUGCUAAAACCCCAUGCUCUCCCGCCAAAAUUCUUCCGGCUGCUCCCACCACAAGGCGAGCCCCGCCGCAGGUCUUUCUGCACCGUCAUUUCCGGUGCUAUGCAGUCCGGUGAGAGGACCAAACAGGAAUCCAUGGAAGACCGAAGGGGCGAAACGGGAGAUAGAGUCGGGGCCUUUAGGAAAAAGCUGAAGAUAGCUGACAUAAAGGGUGGGCCCGAUGAAGGAUUGGAUCGGGUCGGACACACUCUAGUUGUGAUGGGGUGGGUCCGGACACUCCGGGUUCAGAGUAGCGUUACGUUCAUUGAGGUUAAUGAUGGUUCAUGCCUGUCAAACAUGCAAUGUGUAAUGGAUAUGGAAGCUGAAGGUUAUGACCAGGUAGACUCUGGUUUGGUGACAACUGGUGCAUCAAUAUGGGUACAAGGGACAGUAGCAAAGAGCCAAGGGUCAAAGCAAAAGGUGGAACUGAAGGUUACAAAAAUUGUAGCGGUUGGCAAGAGUGAUCCAUCCUAUCCCAUUCAAAAGAAAAGAGUCAGCAGAGAAUUUUUGAGAACUAAAGCUCAUCUUCGUCCUAGAACAAACACAUUUGGUGCGGUUGCAAGGGUAAGGAAUGCUUUGGCUUUUGCUACACACAAGUUUUUUCAAGAAAAUGGGUUUGUCUGGGUCUCAAGUCCUAUUAUCACAGCUUCAGAUUGUGAAGGGGCGGGCGAACAGUUCUGUGUUACUACUUUGAUUCCAAGCUCUCGGGAAGCAGUUGAUUCUCAUGUGGAUGGCAUUCCAAAAACAAAGGACGGACUAAUUGAUUGGUCUCAAGAUUUUUUUGGCAAACCAGCAUUUUUGACAGUUUCUGGCCAGCUCAAUGGUGAAACAUAUGCUACUGCUCUAUCAGAUGUGUAUACAUUUGGUCCCACAUUUCGAGCUGAAAAUUCUAAUACUUCUAGACACUUAGCUGAAUUUUGGAUGAUUGAACCAGAACUUGCAUUUGCUGAUCUGAAUGAUGACAUGGCCUGUGCAACUGCCUAUCUCCAGUAUGUAGUGAGGCAUAUACUUGACAAUUGCAAGGAAGAUAUGAACUUCUUCAAUACUUGGAUUGAGAAAGGCAUCAUCGAUCGAUUGAGUGAUGUUGCUGAGAAAAACUUUGUGCAGUUGACAUACACUGAUGCAGUUGAACUUCUUCUUAGAGCAAAUAAGAAGUUUGAAUUUCCGGUGAAAUGGGGAUGUGAUUUGCAAAGUGAGCAUGAGCGAUAUAUUACUGAAGAAGCAUUUGGUGGAUGCCCUGUCAUAAUAAGAGAUUAUCCAAAGGAGAUCAAGGCUUUUUAUAUGAGGCAAAAUGAUGAUGGGAAGACUGUUGCAGCCAUGGAUUUAUUGGUUCCUCGGGUUGGGGAGCUUAUUGGUGGAAGUCAAAGAGAAGACCGACUUGAGUAUCUGGAAGAUCGUCUGGAUGAAUUAAAACUAAACAAGGACAGUUUCUGGUGGUAUCUGGAUCUGCGCCGUUAUGGUUCAGUUCCUCACGCGGGUUUUGGACUGGGCUUUGAAAGGCUGGUUCAAUUUGCAACCGGAAUAGAUAAUAUAAGAGAUGCUAUACCUUUCCCUAGGACACCGGGUUCAGCUGAAUUUUGAAUGGCAAAAUUAGUAAACGUAUGAUUUGUUUCUUUUUUGUGUUUUCUCCCCCGGACAUUUUCCUCUCUUUGAUUCCAUCUUUAGAUUAUUUCAUUUUGUUUGGAAUAAAUUAUAAUUUAAGAACUUUUUAGGCAAAAAUCUCUUUGGACUUGAAGUGAUAUAAUGGCUGCCUUUUAUCGGGCAUUACUGCUAAUAUUUUGUGUAAACAAACCAAAUGUAAAUUUACGUAUUUAUAAGUGGACAUUUUGAAUAGUAUUAUCAUUACGCA